AUGAUGAUAUUAACUGCAUUGUUGAUUUUCAACUUGUUCAUACCAUUGAAUACUCGUUAUUCACUUUAUUAUUCUGAUAUUCGUCAAGGUUCUUAUGCAACAUUUGAUUGUUUAUAUACUUAUUUAGUUGAUGUCGGAAAAGAAAAGGGAAAAGAUUAUCUCCAAAAUUCUUAUUUAACUCCUUAUUGUAGAAGACCUGAUGUAAAUGAAGAACAAGAUGAAACGUUGUAUCCAGUUUAUGAAAAUAUAAUAAAAACAUCAAGUUUUAAGGAAUUAAAAAGGCAAAAUGUGACAAGUGAACAAUUACUUCAAUGGUUUUCACCGAUAGAUAUUGCAGAAAAAUACGAAAUGUAUAGCAAUGAUUCCGAUGUUUUUCAUAAUUGUUCAUUACCUUGGUUUGGUUCAAUGUGUCAAUAUAAAUUUAAUUUUGAUUUUGAUUCAUAUUUAUCAUUCGGUGAUAUUGUUCAAGCUACGACUGAUGCCAAGACAAAAAAUGCAUCUGAUAUUUCUACCAGAACAUGUUAUGGAUUUUUAACUACUUGUAAUCGUGGAUCAUGGCCAUUAUGUCUUGAUUGGCGUGAAAUAUGUGAUGGAAAAUUUGAUUGUAUCAAUGGAGAAGAUGAAUAUAUGUGUGAUCAAUUAGAAAUGACUGAAUGUAAUAGUAAUGAAUAUCGAUGUCAUUAUGGUGGUCAAUGUAUCUCUCAAGUAUUUCUAAAGGAUGGUAAAGUUAGUAUUGAUUGUCUUGAUGGUAGUGAUGAAGCAGUUGAACGCUUAUUUCACACUUCACAGAUAAACUGGAAUUGUUUACCUAUAUCUACAUUUCGAUGUGAAGAACAGAUUGGUCGAUAUCCUAGAUCGUUUCAAUGUGGUGAUGGUGAAUAUUUACUUGGAGUUACUCUACCAAUUACUAUGGUUUCUUGUUCGAAUCAGAAAGAUAAAGAAGGAUCUCGUGCUAUGCUUACUAAUAUGGAACAUAUUUCAAGCAUUAACUGUCGAGAAACAUUCUAUUGUGCACUUCAUUCCAAUCGAACAUUUGGUUCUCGAGGAAUUGAUCAUAAUGGUAUGGAGAUGGUGCCAAUUUUGGAAGAUAUUAGAAAUGAAGAAUGUGAAUCUUUAUCCCAGUAUUGUGAAUCGAAAUGGUUAGUAAUACCUGCAUAUCCUAUUUUAUUUGGAUUUUUUCAAUUUGUCUAUUUUACUAAUCGAUCAGUUGAUGAAUUUAAAGCAAAUAUUAAACCUGAUUUAAUAUGUUUUAACGCACAAGUAUGUCCUGUAUUAUUAACAGAAAUACAUCCUGUUAAAUUUCUUGAUGGAUUAACAUGCUGUCAUUCUUCGGAUUUAAUAUAUGGUGACGAGGCAAGAGACUUUAAUUACAUAGAUGCAAUGUUCUCAUAUCGUAAGCAUGAUUGUGCAAGAAAAGGUAUUGAAAAAUCAUGUAAAAAUUCAUCUUAUUUUUAUUGCAAUGAAUCUAUGAAAUGUAUUUCAUUUAAUCGUGUUGGUGAUGGUAAUAAUGAUUGUUAUUUUGGAGAAGACGAACUUUUUAACGCUUGUCAAUUGAAUGAUUCAAAUCGAUUUCAAUGCUCAUCAGAAGAAAAUAAAUGUCUAUCGUUAGUUGCAGUUGGUAAUACAUUUGAAGAGUGUCGUUUAGGAGAAGAUGAAUUAUUUGCAUAUACUCAAAAUUUGGUCAUACUAAUACCAUUUCCAUAUUUAUGCAAUAAUAAGAUGAAUUUCGGUCCCUACUUCAAUAAUUGGAAUGACACAGAUGAAACCAAUUGUGACUCGUGGUCUUGUGAUAAUCCAUAUACAAAUUGCAAUGAAUACUGGGACUGUCAAAAUGGUAUUGAUGAACUUAAUUGUCCUAAUUCAAAAUGUUCUUUUGAUGAACAUGAAUGUUAUAAUCAACAAUCUGAAUUAUCUUAUUGUAUAUCAUUACAUAAUAUGUAUGAUAAAUAUUUCAAUUGUUGUAACGAAACAUACGUUGAACGUGAAAUCUACUUUUAUAAUGGAACUUUUGAUAUUAGUGAAAAUUAUUUUUCAUGGAAUGAUAGUAAAUAUAUUACUGUAGAUAAAAUCUGUCGUAUUGAUCAACGUUUACAACCAUCAUUCGAACAAGAAGAUAUUUGUUUUUAUAGGCCAGAAAGUGUUUUUUAUGCACAUAAUAAACCUGUGAAACUUAUCCAGAACAACGACUAUUUCUGUCAAUAUAACAAAGAUUUUUCGAAAUAUGAUGAAAAUCUUGUUUUCAAAACUCUACGCUUAGGAUAUUUUCCAUCAGUAUUAAUGAAUAUUUCUAUUCCAAUUAUUUCUAAAACAAAUCAACUGAAAAAAACAACGUUUAAUAUUAGCAAUGAAUUCAUUUCAUAUUGUCAUCGUGGUAUUCUUGUAUUACGUGGUCGAAAUCAAAUAAAAACAUGUUUUUGUCCACCUAAUUAUUAUGGUUCUCAAUGUCAAUGGCAAAAUCAACGUAUUAGUUUAACUAUUCAAUUAGUAUGGCGUAGCAUUCGACUCACACCUAUUAUAUUUCAAGUUCUAAUUAUACUUAUUGAUGGAUAUGGACAAAUAGCACCUUAUUAUGAACAAAUUAUUUAUAUUCCAAAUCGUGAUUGUAAUACAAAAUUUAAUAUUUAUUUACUUUAUCCAGAACGACCAAAAUCUUUAUCAAAUAAUUAUUCUAUUCGUAUUGAUAUUUAUGAAAAAAUCAAAUUAGAAUAUUGGUCAAGUUGGUAUUUAUCUAUACCUUUUCAAUUCCUACCUGUUAAUCGAAUUGCUACUCAAUUAAUUAUUCCUGAAAUGAAAAAUGAAGAGUCCGUAUGUGCUCUAUCAUGUGGAAAACAUGGGAAAUGUAUGAAUUAUGCAAAUAAUAAAUCUUUAUUCUUUUGUCUAUGUGAUAGUGGAUAUUCUGGUAUAAAUUGCAAUAUCACAAAUCAAUGUAAUUGUGCAAAUGAUUCACUAUGUUUAAGUCCAGAGAUCUGUAUUUGUUCAUUAUAUAAAUUUGGGCCUUAUUGUCAUUUAACGCAUUCAACUUGUAAAUUAUCAAAUAAUUCAUGUAAACAAAAUGAACUUUGUGUACCGAAUGAUUACCGUAUUGAUUUAAAUACAUUUACUUGUCUUUGUCAAGAUGAAUAUUCAGAUGAACGUUGCGAAAAUAAAAAUAAUCGUAUUGAUAUACAUUUAAACAAGGAAAUUCUCUGGGAACAUUCAUUAUUAUUAAUCCAUGUGAUUACAUCAUUUGAUCAGAAAGAACAUGAACGAAGAAUUUUAUUAAAAAAAGUUCCAUAUAAUCAAAAUAUUUUAACAAUUCAUUUAGCACAACCAUUUCAUAUUAUUCUGGCUGAAAUAGUUAAUGAAUCUUUUUAUUUAAUAGUAGUUCGAGAAGUAUUUCAACCUUCCGAAUAUAUUCAAACAAAAAUCGAAUUAAAACAACGUUGUCCUUCAGUUAAUGAUCUUUUAAAUGAUACAGUGCGUCAAUAUAAUUAUUUGAGACGAGUUAAAUAUUACCCAUUAUUAUGUCGUACACAUUUAGAAUUAAUGUGUUUUUAUGAUGAAGAUCAUAUGUGUAUAUGUGAUCGUGAUCGAUUCUCUAAUUGUUUUCUAUUUAAUCAAACAAUGAAUAAUGAUUGUCAAGGUUAUAAUCAUUGUGAAAACGAUGGUCAAUGUUUUUUAAAUAAUCAAACAUGUCCAACUCAAUUUAUGUGUAUAUGUCCUGAUUGUUAUUAUGGUGCAAAAUGUCAGCUGUCAACAAAAGGUUUUAUUUUUUCACUUGAUUCCAUUCUUGGUUAUCAUAUUAAACCAAAGAUUUCACUUAAUCAACAACCAGUAAUUAUUAAAAUAACUAUUUUUAUUAGUACUAUGUUACUUGUUAUUGGAUUAAUUAAUGGUCUAUUAUCAAUAGGAACAUUUCGUCGAAUAAAAUCGCGACAAGUCGGUGCUGGUUAUUAUCUUUUAUCUUCAUCGAUUAUUUCAAUAUUUAUAAUUAUUUUGUUAACAUAUAAAGUUUGGGAAUUAAUUUUAUCCCAAAUGUCUGUAAUAACUAAUCGAUCAUUCCUUCAUUUUAAUUGUAUUUCAAUAGAUGUGAUCCUUAAAAUUCUUCUAGCAUUCAAUGAAUGGUGUAAUGCAUGUGUGGCUAUGGAAAGAAUGAUGAGUGUCAUCUUAGCUACUCACUUUCAAAAAAAGAAAAGUAUAAAAAUGUCCAAAUGGGUAAUUUUAAUUACAUUUAUUUUUACAAUACUUACACACAUUCAUGAACCAAUACGUCGUGAAUUAAUCGAUGAUUUUGAUGUUGAUGAAUAUCGUAUUUGGUGUUUUGUUCAAUAUUCAUCAUCUGUUCGAAAGUAUAAUUCAUUUAUAACACUUUUUCAUUUUCUUGCUCCUUUUUCAAUUAAUAUCAUAUCUGCUCUUUGUAUUAUUAUAACAUUAGCUUAUAGACGUAGUGCUGUCGAACAAAGUGAAACAUUACGAGGUCAUUUAAAAAAUCAAAUACAACAACAUGCACAUGUUUUAUAUUCUCCAUGUAUAUUAAUAUUAUUAAGUUUACCUCGUUUAAUUAUUUCAUUUGCAAAUAAAUGUAUGCGAUCAGCACACCAACCAUGGUUACAUCUGAUUGGUUAUUUUCUCUCAUUUAUUCCAUCAAUGUUAUUAUUUAUUGUUUUUGUAAUGCCAUCAAAAACUUACAGACGAGAAUUCAAAGCAUGGACUAAACAAAUAUCUCAAAAACUUUGUACAACUCGAUAA